UGCGGUUGUUUCCAUUUCGAUACAACUAAACUCGUAUUCUUCGGCAUAAUGUCAGAAAAAUUGUAAACAAACAAAUCAUCCUAAUCUCAUCAGUCAUAUAUUUCUGGUUAGAUUACUUAAGGCGAAAAAAAAAGCCUUCCAAAUUUUGACGGUCGUAUAAAAUCCGUCAAUUGUUUUCAAUAACUAACAGUAAGAAAUAUUCAUCGAUAAUAUAAGUAAUUACGAGCAUAAGCUUUAUUAACAAACAGAAAAAAAUUUUUGAACUUGUUAGCAAAUGAAUGAAGACACAGAUAUUAAUGUCUGUCCUGAUUCUCAAAAUUGUAAUGAAUCUCAUGAUUCCGAUGGAAUCAUAAAAUCUGAUGAUUCUGAAAUAAUUGAGUGUCAAGAAGGUAGUCAAACAGAAGUAGGAACUGGAUUUACUUUUUCUAAUAAACUUAUUGACGAUUUAUCUUUGAAUAUGACGAAAAAUAAGGUCUGUGAGGGAGAAGAUAAAAUGUCGGUGGACAAAGAAAAGAGUGAAUCUGUUGUAGAAAGUCAAAACUCUGAAGAAAAAGCUGAAGAUAUUGAGACUAAUGAAACUCCUGCACCUUCAGAGGACAUAGACGUAGAAGCACUUACUGAAGAAAAAAUACUCCAAGUUGCCAAAGAAGAUAACUCUAAACCUUCAAAUUAUUCAUUUUGCGAAUGGUCAGAAAAUUAUGAUAGCCUUGAAGAUGACAGGCCCAUGGAAGAUGUUGCUGAAGAUCCUCAGAAGUUCAUUUUAUGGGCUUCAGAAAAAGAUGAAGUUGAAAUUGUCCGAAAAUUACUGGAAGAAGAUCCAAGUCUUGUAAAUGCAAAGGAUAACGAUUUAUAUACCCCACUUCAUAGAGCUGCAUAUAGUAACAGUGUUGAAGUCAUUAAACUGCUCUUAUCCUAUGAUGCUAACAUCAGUGCGAGAACUACUGAUGGCUGGGAACCUCUUCAUUCUGCUUGCAAGUGGGACAGUGUUGAAGCAGUUUCUUUACUACUGCAGAAUGGAGCUGAUAUAAAUGCCUUAACACAAGGUAAUAUUACACCUUUACAUCUUGCAGCUUCAAACUCAUCUGGAAGAAGAACUCUUGAAUUCCUGUUAUGGCAGCCCUAUAUUGAUCCUGACAUGAAAAAUGAUGCAGGUGACACGCCUUAUGAUAUUGCUUUUCGCACAGGUACGCUGGCUGAUUUGUUUGAAAUGCUGGAAGAGUCUGUUAAUGAAUAUUGACUAUUUUCAUGGUUUGUGACGCCUUCCAUAGAGUUUAUGUGCCAUUGUUUGCCUGGAAAGUCAUUUAUAUAUGUAUAUUAUUACAAGUUAGGGUUUUGAAUGCCCAAAAAUGGCUUUUGCUAAAAUAUAUGGGUUUUACUUUGUGUCCUAAAGGGAAAAUUGUGAGAAUAGAAUAAGUUCUAUGACUUUUUUUUAGCAUGGUUUCAUAUUGAAAAUGUGUUGUAUUUUAAUUAAAUUAAAUCCUGUUUUGUACAAAAACUUGUUAACAUUCUGUUUUUUAAACGAAACACCCUAUAUUUCUUAAAUAAAUCUAUUUUAUUUCUUAAGUAAUUCCAUUCUACUUCUUAAAAACUUAAACUAUAAUACUUUAUAACUGAAUAAUUUAUUUUUAAUAUUAAAAAAAAUAUUUGCUAUUAAAGGUAUAUGAAAAUAACAUUCUUCAAAAGUUUUAUUUUAUUUUAUUUAUUUAUUUAUUUUUUUGCAAACUUUUUGUUGUGUUUGAGUUUUUAAGUAUUAAUGACAUUAAAUUUAAAUAUUUUUGGAGCUUAUAUUCCCAUUCUACUGUAAUAUUUUUGUAGCAUACUUGUUCCAAUAGUUACAUUGUUAAUUAUAAUAAAUUACUAAUUUUCCAUUGUUUUUUCAUUUUAGAUUUUAAACUUAUGGUUUUGUUUUGGUAAAGUAUAAUUUAAUUCAGAAUAAAAGUUGUUUUAAACAUCUUAAGACAAUAGGGUAAAAACCAUAAUUUUUUCUAUGGUGUUCAAAACCUUCACAAAACCUAAUAUUAUGGUUGAUUUUAGUGACUAUCUUGUGAAUAUAAAACUAUGUUACAUUCCAUCAGUUUUAAAUUGCAUCUAACUAGAUUUUUCUUAAUUGAAAGGAAUUUUGUUAUAAAGAUAUAGUGCUCAAUAUUUGGUUCAUGUUAUAUUUUUUCUCUUAUUGUUUGUGAAAUGGUGAACAAAAUAAUUCAUGUCCUUACUGUUAAAAACUGCACUUUUUUGAAGUAUUGUGUCAGCAUUUAAAAAAAAAUCUAGGGAGUAGAAUUUCUGAUUACAAUUUAAUUUUAGUGCUGAUAUAAUAUUAAAUUUUGCAUGGAUGCAUUAUACAAAAUACAUGCUACAAAAUUGGCUGAUAUUAGUAAUUUCAUCGCAAUAAAGAAAACAGAAAAGAAUUUAUUCACAAAGAACACAGUUAGUCGGAUUAUUGGUUAUUUUUUUUAUAUUCUAGCAGUGAUUCCACUAGACUUUGUAAGUACUACAUUCAAAUGUUUGAGUCCUUUUUUUACUAAAAACCAAAACAAAAAAAAAUUUGUAUGAGCUGUAAGCAAAAUAUUCAAACAAACCAAAAAAACAUUUGAAAAACAAAACAUUCUUGUUGGCACAGAGGCUUUGAUGAAAUCAUCUCUGAAGAUACAAACCAAACUAAGGAAUAGCCAGGGAAAGUUUUAAAUGCAGUAAAAUCCUAAUGUAACAUGCAUUGUAUAUUAGAGAAUCUCACUAUUAAUAGUGAUUGCAGGACACCAUCGAUAAUCUUCUAUUAAACUUACAAAAAUUCUCUUAACUAACUAAAAGAAUUGUGUUUUAGUGUAAUUUAAAUGUGUAAUUUUUAUUAAGCAAUUUUUCUUUCUAAGCAUAAUUUAAAGUAUUUUUUCUAAGGAUAAACUUUAUAUGUUAUGAAAAUUUGAUGCGAGAAUAAUGCAAAAAUAAUUGUAUAUAAUAUGUUAAAAAUAAUUUUUUAAAUCGGUAAGAGUUAUUCACAUCUAUCUCAUUGUUUAUAAUGCAUCGAUAUUUCACAAUCAAAGUAUAUCUUACUUUAUUACCGAUGUGUAAGUCGACAACCUGGUUUUCAUACAUUUUUAGGGGUUUAAAAAGUUUACUUAUACACUGAUAUAUAUGGCAAUUAAAUCUAUUUAUUUCUUAUCCCUUUCAUUGAUUUUUUUCCAAUAUUAAAAUUGUAACUGUAACAAGAAGUCUGUUAAAACAUAACUUUUUACUGCUAUUGAGAGCUCUUGUUAAAAUGAUCUUUUAUCUCUAAUAUCAAUCAAAAGAGACAUUAUUAUCUAUUUGAUAAAAAGCAAUUUCUUGGAAUUUACUAAAACUUAAAUGGGCUAUAUUAGAAUAUUUAAAAGUCAGAAUUCCACUCCCUAGUGUUGGUGACACAUUUGAUGAGUAAUAUUACCUCACUUAUAUAUCCACUUAAAACUUGUAGCGAUAGGACAUAUUAUAUCAAAAAUGUGUUAAAUGUAGUCUUUUAUUAAGACGUAUUACUCAAAUACAAGUUAUUGUACUUAUUGAUAUCUAUUGCAAUUGCGUAGCAUUAGGUAUUCUUAGAAAUAAAUCAAGGUUACGUAGUUAAGUUUUGAAUAUUAUAUAUAUUUUUAUUGAAAUGAAGAAGAAAAAAUGAAUUUAUCUAAAUUCAUUUAAAUGUUUUUAUGAAUGUCUUUUUAUAUGUCAGUCUGUACUUAAAAAUAUUGAACUACUUGUGUAUAGUUUAAAUAAUAAGUGUUAUAAAAUAUUUAUUUAAAUUUAGGGAUAACUUUCCUUAAAGUUGUGCACAAUACAAAUUAAAAAGUUUUUUUGAUACUUUAAUAAGAGUAAUUCCUAUAUAAUGUAUAAUUUAUUUGCAUUUUGAUAUUGUUCAACAUUUUAAACAUUAAUAUUUAUUCUCUAAAAACUGUGACCUUUAAAUGCAAAAUAUUAAGUAGAGCAGCAGAGGCAACUUUUUUUUUUUUAACAUGAUAAGGUUCUAUUUCAAUAGCUCCAAUCCAUUCUACCUACUGCAAAACAGUUAUUUUUGUUCAAAGCUGCACUUAUACUAUUCUAAUCCUGCUGCAUUUUAUCCUACAGGGUUCCCACAGGUCAGGGAGAACAGGGAAAACCUGGAAUUGUCAGGGAAUAUUAUUUUCUCUCUGAAAAUCAGGGAAAGCUGCAUUUUUUUAAAAAAAAAACUGGAAUAUUCCCUAUAACAUACCUAGAAAAAAGCCAGUUUUGAAAUUGUCCGUAACAGUAAUCAGUUAUUGAGAUUCGAGUUAAGUAAUUCUAACAUCUAUUACAAUUAUUUGUUGUAAAAAUUUCACAUUUUAGUCAUACUGAAAUGUUCCCAUCCUCAUUUAAAUGAUAUUUUUUUGCACAGAAUAUCUAAUAUUUCACAUUACAAAUAAAAGAAUCAAAGUUUUCUGUUGAAAAUAUGGUCUCAAUUUUUAUUGAAAUUUACCUGGUAUACCUGGAAAGUCAGGGAAUUUUUUUUUUCUGAAAUAGAGAGGGAACCCUGAUCCUAGCUUAGCUUCCUAAUAAAUGUUUUUUAGAAAGUAUACCAAAUCUGUUACAGAAGAAGCAAUUUUAACAAAUUGGUGCUAAACUUAAAUGUGGUGGAUAUAAUACAUGUUGCAACUUUUUUUAAUGUGGUAGAAUUCUGUUUGCAAAUUUUUAUAUGUAAACAUUUUAGAAAUUCUGUCUUUAUUAUCUUUAUCUCUAUUACUUUUUUUUUAUUGGUGUGAUUACUGUUUCAAAUACUACAAUCCAUCUUAGCAGCCCCAAAUCAGGUAUUUUUACUUAAAGCAUUAAUCCUAUCUCAUUUCAUUCAUGCAUUAAUAAUUUUUCAGACGGAACCAAUAUUAUCCACGCACACAAAAUUUCCUUUUGCAAAAAUGGGAUGUUGUUAUUUGUUAUAGCAUUUUUAUCAUUGGUCAAUUAUUUACGUUACAAUAAAAAAAAAACAUAAGGUAAAUUAUUGUUUCAAAUAGCACUUAAAGUAUAUGAAUACUUUAAAUUAUGCCAAAAAUAAGAAAUUUUUUCUACAAGGCCAAUAAAAUGUCUUGUUCCACACUACUUUACCAUAAUUACAUCAGUGCUAUUAUCAACUUGUAUUUGGAGUAAUUAAAAAAGGAGAAAUCAACAAUGAAAAACUUUAUUUUGCAGAUUAAAAAACUGAAACAUUUUUUGAAAAUAUCAAAAUGCAAUAAAAUUACAUUUUAUUUAUUUUUAUAGAUAUAAGUUUCUAUUGUGAAAAGGGUGCAAAGAGCAUUUUCUAAAAUAUAAUUAUCAUCCUAUUGUAUUUUUGGCAAUAUUUUUCUUAUGAUUAAUAUUGCCAUAAAAGAUACUGUUUAAUUUUUAUGUUCAGAUAUCGGAGUAAUAGGGCAUGCUGGCAUAAGUAAUACGUUGGUUUUCUACACAUAUUUUUUCUACAUUAAGUGAGCAUUGAAGACUAGUAUUGCUACUGUUAAAGCAUUGAUGAAAGUGCUUCUCCAUCUAUAGUAGUUUCCAAAGAGAAUGUCGAGCAAAUUUUCUUCUUUUCUACCAAAAAAAUAUUUUUGAUGAAUCAAAAAUAUUUUUUUCCUGUAAAGCCCUAUAAAGGUUAAGGGAUUUCCAAUAGUUUGAAACGGUAGGAUAUUUAUAAUUAUUACAUUUAUGUGCUGAAAUAUUAACGAAAAUAAUUUAAAUAAAAAAUUAAGCAGUAAAAUUGCCUUUUUUUUUUUAAGUAGUCAUGUUGGAUCAAAUUGAUAUUGGCCAAGCUGUCAAGAUAUUUUUUUAUCACAAUUUUGAUUAACAAUUUAUUUUUUUACAGGUGAAUAACUUUCCCAAGUAAUUUUUUUUUCUUUCAAAUUAUGUGUUCAAAAUAACAUUAUAGUUAACUUGUUAAAUUUUAUUUUUUAAUUAGCUUGUAUAAGUUUAAUUAACUUAAUUGGUAAUUAUAUGUAAUUAGUAUUUGCUAUAGUUAAUAACUUUUGUUUGUUGUACUGAUUCUACUAAAUUACUGUGAUUUGCUAAUUUAUCUCCAUAAACUGGAUAAGUUCACAUAGAGACUAUUAGUCACUAUUAAAAAAAACAUAUUUUUAAAUUCAACAUAAAAUUUUAAUGUUUUUUUUAUAAUGAGUUUAUAAUAAUGCAGUUCAAUUCUUUGCAUUAUUCGUAUUUGAUUUAAACAGCAAGAAAAAAAUGGAGAAAUUAAAAACUAAAAAGCAUGCUAACAAGCCAUGUUCUCUCCUAUAUAUAAUAUAUUAUCUACUCUAUUUUGGUUAUAACACUUGUAUUGUUAGUUAAAUAAAAAAAAAGAGUUGGAUUAUUCAAAAUAUAAUUGAAAGGAAAAAAAAUUAAAUGUUCAUUUGUUUUCUGUUCUUAAUUUCUUUUUAAUACCUACUAAGCAGCUCUUUCUUACUUCUGAUUAGAUGAUAGAGUGUGUUAAUAGUUGAUAGUUGGAAGAUACUUGGAAUGUGAUAAAGCUUAAAUUGAGUUUAUUCAUCAAAGUAUAUUAUUCAUUUUAAAAUGUAUCAAAUUAUUUACUAUAAAGAUAUCUUUACUAAGCACCUGUAUAACAAAUUAAAAUAUGUCCCUUUUAUUCCUCAUCAGUUUUAAUUAGUAGUUUUAUUGUUCUUGAAAUUUAAAUAAUAAAGUGUUUUUCGAAUGUUAGAUUACCUUCUGAUUUUCCUUAGAUUAAUUUCAUUAUUAUCUGAAAUUUUACUCUAUCAACUGCAACUUUUUUCAUAUUAAUAACACAACUUAUUUAGAAGAUAUUAUGAAUCAUGUCUACAAUAUUUUUUUCUCUGGUUCAGUUGCUUACAACUUUAAUUUUGAUUACUUUUUGCCAACAUUGUAAUUACGUUUGAAUUUACUCUUACCUUUUAGUUUAAACUAAGUCUUAUAUUUGUUUUGUUGUUUAUUUUUCUUUAAAUUUUCUUUUUUUGGAAUUAAUUAAUUUUAUAAGCUCAUAGAUUUUUUAGAUUCUUUUACAUAUCCUCUAACUACUAAGGAAUUUCCAUAGCUUUAAAAAAUAUUUUUCCCAGUGGUAACGGAAGAAUAAUAAAUUAGAUUAUUUUAUAAGUUAGAGUUAAAAAGUUAUGCAAAAGAUCAGUUUGUCUAAUGAUUAUGCUCUAAAAUCCUGACAAAAGUUUUGUGAAAAUUUUAUUGGUUUUAAAAUUUCUUGCAACAGCUCACUAUCACUUAAAGAAAUAUUUUGUAUGAACCUCAAAUGUUGGAGAAAAUGUUCUUUUAGUUUAAUGAUUUUCAAUUAAGUUGCGUAGCUUUUUAAACUAAUCUUGAAAAUUACUGAAAUCUAAAUUAUGAAACUAACAAAAAAUUAACUAAUAAUGUAUAAAAUUGUUACUUUCUAAUUAUUUAUUUGUAUUCAACCUUAUCAUUGCUGUGAGAACUUGCAAGUUCAUAUGUGUUACAAGAAAUUAGACAAUAUUCUAGAGAUAUACCUUGUUACUGUUUAGAUACAAACAAUAAAUGAGAGAAUUUAAUGCACAAAAUACAUGCAAUGAUUUAAAUAAUCAUUUUUUAAAAUCUAAAAUUAUUUGUAACCAUUAUUAUAUCUUAAGAACUUGCUUGUGCUCUUCAUAAUUUAACGAAAGAUAAAAUACUAAUUUAAGAUAACUGAUAAGAUAUUUACUGAUAAAUCUUAAUGCAGCUGUAUUAUGAACUUCAAAUAUUUUUAAAAUGUGAUUAAAGCGUGCAUAUAUUGUUUAAGAAAAGCAAGCUAAUUUUGCAACAAAAAAAAGUUUAAAUAGAUUUUGACCUUUUCAUUUCACUCAAGGAUUAGUUUUUACACUGAUUGAAACUCAUUUAAAAUGUUCAUGUUAAUAUCAUAUAAUUGUUUAGUAGAAUUUUAAAUUAUUCACUUUUUGCAUCAAGAUUUAAUGGUAUCCUGCAGUGCAGGUGUCUAAAUCCAUCAUAUAUUUAAGAUCUGGCAGUUCUCUGUAGUAUGUUCUGAAAUUUCUGUAAAUUUAAUAUCUAUAAAAUCAAGUUUUUCAUCAAAUAUUUGUUUAUAUAUUACUAUACAAAUACUAAUUUUUAAAAACUGAUGCUCAUGUAAUGAAAUUCUAAGUGAACAAAAAUGAGCCAUAAGAAACAAUAUGCUAGGAACAUAAAAAAUUUCUAUUUAUUUAUUUCAUUUUAUUUCUGUCUUGUUAAAUUUUGGUGCAUUAGCCAAAGGGCAACAUGCAGAAAAGAAAAAAAAUCAGAAUUUUCUUACAAUCAUAAAAAUUUAUCUUGCUUUAGAUUCAAAUUAACUUUAUCAUUAUCUCAAAAGUUUAAUUUCACCUAAAUUGGAUCAGUAAUUUUCUAUCAAUGGGGCACAAUGCAGCUUUUGGAUCACCAAGUAUUACAUUACUUUAUGUAAUGAAUCAUUCAAUCAUAAAUUGGUGGAGAAAUGUUUUCAGUGAUUUAAACUGCAUCUUUGGAAUCUGAAGUGGAUCAUUAUCCACCUAGAUGCACAAGCAUUCUUUUUUUCUUCCCUAAAUGCAUUCUUUUUAUUUAAUAUGGUUGUCAACACUACUAGUUCAUCUAAUGUAGCUAGAAAGUUAUGAUAAAUAGCUUCAAAUGGGGUUGCAAAGAGAGAAAAACCUACUUGGUCGCCACACUUGGCGAAGUUUCCCUGAAAUCUUGAUGACUUUCUCUAUGCGGAAGGCUUUUUGCUUGCAAAUAGAUUUUCUGUUAUUAUUUUGAUUCCACUAUUAAUACAUUGUGUAUUCCAUUUUAUUCUUUUUUUGAACUAUGACAAAUCAGCUUCAUUAAAUAAAAUUAUAAAUUUGAUUAACACUAUCUGUUAAAGAAGUUUCUUUGUUGUCAUGUUACACUUAGUAUUUCAGCCUAGAAACACAACAAUAUUUUGAUCAAAUUAUUGAUCAGCUGGUUCUGUUUUUUAAAUUUAAUUAUAAAAGCAAGAAAAAAGAUAACAUGCCUAAAAUAUUACUGGAUAAAGAUAUAUUGUCAAACCUACACAAGUAAGUCUUGGAGAAAAUUAUUGUCUUUUUUUUUUCUUCCUGUAAAGCUUAGCUCUCUACUGAUGACAGUAUGCUGUAACUCUCUCUCUACGUUAGAUAAAAAGACUAUUGUUCAAUAGAAUUUUUUCUCUCUACCUGGAUUCUUUCACAAAGUAGAAACUGUUAGUUUUUGAUUUUUCCACUUUUUCCUGUCAUUCUCAAUGAUUAAGCGCAGACAAUGAAGAUGAUAUGAAUCUCGUAUUAUGUAUAGUACAAUUAUAUUCAGCAUUUUUCUAUAUUCUCUUUAUGCCUGCCAAAUACUUAAAAAUGUUGUUGUUAGUGAUUAGUGUGCAGCUGAUAUCAGCUAAUUGUUGAUUUUGUGUUUACUGGUGUAGUUUGUUUCAAGUUGCUGUUAUGCAAAUCUGGAUAUAAAGAAAUAAAGCUUUAAUAGUUUUUAUA